GUGCACGGGGCCCGCUGCUUCCGGCUGGGGGGAGGGGUUCGGUGCAGAGUCAGCUGGGGAGGAGGAGGAGGAGGAAGGGGCGGCAGGAAGAGCGCGAGCCGGAGCCGGAGCAGGAACCGCGAGCAAGCCGGCCCCAGGAGCCCCUGCACCGCCAUGGGCAACAUCUUCGGGAACCUGCUGAAAAGCCUGAUCGGCAAGAAGGAGAUGCGCAUCCUGAUGGUGGGGCUGGACGCGGCUGGGAAGACCACCAUCCUCUACAAGCUGAAGCUGGGCGAGAUCGUCACUACUAUCCCCACCAUCGGGUUCAACGUGGAGACUGUCGAGUACAAGAACAUCAGCUUCACCGUGUGGGACGUGGGCGGCCAGGACAAGAUCCGGCCCCUGUGGCGGCACUACUUCCAGAACACCCAGGGGCUGAUCUUCGUGGUGGACAGCAAUGACCGGGAGCGGGUGAACGAGGCACGCGAGGAGCUGAUGCGGAUGCUGGCCGAGGAUGAGCUGCGGGACGCUGUGCUCCUCGUCUUCGCCAACAAGCAGGACCUGCCCAACGCCAUGAACGCGGCGGAGAUCACGGACAAGCUGGGCCUGCACUCCCUGCGUCACCGCAACUGGUACAUCCAGGCCACAUGCGCCACCAGCGGCGACGGGCUCUACGAGGGCCUGGACUGGCUGGCCAACCAGCUGAAGAACAAGAAGUGAGCCGAGCCGCCCCCCCUGCGCUGCCGGGGGCCGGGCAGAGCCACCCCUCUGCCCACCCCCUCAGGCUGGCAGGACCCGUCGGCUCUUCCCCCCUCCCCUCUUGUUGGGUUUUGCUUUCUUUCCGGCACCGGUUGCUGUGGGUUUGAUUUGGGGUCUCGGGUCUGGUCCCCCUCCCCCCCCCCCGGGGUUUGCACGGAUCUCGGGGUGUGUGCGUGUGAUAUGAAUAUAUCGAUAUAUAAAUAUAUAGGGGGGGCGGGGGGCAUCUGCUUCCGUGCUGGGGCAGCCCCCUGCUGCCCGGGGGGGGCGCCGACGGCCCCGCGUGGAGCAGUGGCCUUUCUUUUGUGUUGUUUUUCUGUUGUUCUUGGUGCCCUGUGACGUGACUCUAAACACGGAGGUGAAUUUCUCAA